GCCCCCACCAUCGGGGGGGCCCCCGCUGCGCGACCAGUCGGUUCCUUGUUUGCCAUCACAAAAUCCAAUAGUUUGCCUUGUACCGCUCGACGAGUGAGGCUGCGCGGUUCGGCCGUUUUCACGUACGCGUCUUGCGGGGGGGAGGAAAAAAAACGAAGUGCGGCGGGACCGGAGCGGGCCCGAUGUAACGCGCGCCUACUCGCUCGCGCGAAACAUGUAUGCUGUAUCGCGUUUGUUUACCCACACCACGAGAUUUCGCCCUUGCCGAAAAGUGUGAUCCUCGGCUCGCGCUCGCUCUCUCUCGCGCGCGCGAGCGCGCGUGUGUGUGUGUGUGUGCGCGCGUAUUCGUGGAAGCGAGAACAUAGUGAAUUCCUACGGGCAACCGGACCGACCGGCCCGUUAAGGCUUUGUCGAUUUUUUGGUCGUGAAAAAACAGCAAACCGAGGAAGAGGGAGAGAGAGAGAGUGUGUGUGUGUUAGAGAGAGAGAGAGAGAGAACGAUAGGUGUGGAACGUACAGAAAUCGCGAGAGAGGGGGCAGGAUCCAAGUAUAUGAGGAGACACAGAGUGAGAAACAUCUCCAAUGUGAUUGCGAUGAAACGCAACGUUCGAGCACUGGACGACGUAACAUCAUCAGCAGCAAAACACUCUGUGAGUGCGGCGAGUGGCUUAGGCGGUGGGGCGACUAGCUUAGAUUACCACGCGAGCGGUGGAAUAGGUGUCGUUGUACCUGGUCAACCAGUUCGGUCUGUUACUUCGAAAGAGAUGCCUGGAAGCAUACAGUUUGGUACUACCCAGGCUCAACAACAGUACACCGGGGCGAUUGUUUUGCCGACCGCGGCACAAUCUCCCAUCAAGCAAACGAGCGGUCCUGCGGGAGGACUCGGCUCCACGUGUAGCAGUAGCGGCAUAAGCACCGGCACUGGUUUACAUAGCGGAAUAGGAGGCAGCGGCAAUAGCCACGCGAUGGCCUCCCAGCAGCCUACGUCGGGAUCGCAAAAUCAAGUCCACACGCAGCAGCAGUCGACAAUAAGGCACAAGGUACAUUCUGGCAAUGUGACGCCGUUAGCCUCUACUCCGCCUGGCUCUAAUCUAGGAGGAGGAAGUGGAUCUCAACAGUUUCAGCGAUUAAAAGUUGAAGAUGCAUUAUCCUACCUGGAUCAAGUAAAAUAUAAAUUUAGCGAUCAACCACAGGUUUACAAUGACUUCUUGGACAUCAUGAAGGAAUUCAAAUCUCAGAGUAUAGACACCCCGGGCGUUAUAACUCGAGUGAGUCAUCUCUUCAAAGGUCAUCCCGAACUCAUCGUCGGUUUCAAUACAUUUCUUCCGCCCGGCUAUAAAAUAGAGGUCCAAGCAAACGAGCAAGGUUAUGCUUUCCAAGUAUCGGUCAGUAUGCCCAGUCCAACGGCGACGCACACCGCCACGUUGUCGCAGCAUCAUUGUACAGUGAACGUUGGCUCGCCUCCUGUAGCUAGCCCACCCACGCAGCCUGCAAAGGCACCUCCCGUUUUACAAAUAAUGCAAGGGUCGGCUAACAUACAUCAUACUUUGGCAAACAGUAUUACAACUAACAGCUUAACUGUUCACGCGCCGUCACCGCCGCCAGUAUCAGUGUAUAAUAAUUCACACGUGAGCACUGCACAAGCGCAGGCUGUCAGUCAGGCGUUAAGUCAGGCGGACGGUGUGUCGACUGGUGGACAAACGCAGCAAAGUCAGCCGGUUGAAUUUAACCAUGCGAUAAACUACGUUAAUAAAAUUAAGAAUCGGUUCCAAGGUCAGCCGGACAAAUACAAACGUUUCUUGGAGAUAUUACAUACGUAUCAGAAAGAGCAGCGAAACCUAAAGGAAUCUGGCCAUAUAGGUGGUACGAGUUCCGGCGCGACAGGUGGAACGAAGCACUUGACGGAAGCGGAGGUUUACAGCCAGGUCGCUAAGUUGUUUGAGAAUCAGGAGGACUUACUUGCUGAGUUUGGACAAUUUUUACCGGACGCCACUAACCAGCAAAGUUCGUUGUCUGCCAUAUUUCAGACUAAUAAGACAACGUCGGUCAACGAUCACACGGCGAUUGUCAAGAAACCAAUUGGGCUUAAAACACCUUACAACAAUUCUGGUGGCCUGCCGAGAGAGCUUCGAGAAGUCGGCGGCGCGGCUGGACUGGAACGUGACAAUCGAGAUCAUAGAGACCGCGAGCGGGAACGCGACAGGUCGAACGUAAGAGAUAUCGGUAGCGGCCAGAAAUGCGGGCACAGCACUGGACAAUUGAAAAGGAGCCCAUCAUUCUCGACUUCGGCAACAGCGGGAAAUUCUCAUCAUAUACAACAUGGGCCGCCGCCUACGAAGAAGCACAAAGUGGCUUCGAUGCGGGAUAUUACCAUCGCGGAGGCGGGCAAAUACGGUACCCUGAACGACUACGCUUUCUUCGAUAAGGUUCGAAAAGCGCUCAGAUCGCAAGAGGUUUACGAGAACUUCCUUCGAUGCCUUGUACUUUUCAAUCAAGAGAUAGUAUCAAAGUCGGAACUCGUUCUGUUGGUGACACCGUUCCUUGGCCGUUUCCCCGAGUUGCUACAUUGGUUCAAAGAUUUUCUCGGUUACCUGCCCGACUCGUCCAGCGCUACGGUGACAAACGCAGGAAACGCCGUAGGCGUGGAGACUUUCCCAAAUAGCAUUGUACGUAGCCACCAGGAGCGGCCGCAAGGUGACUUGGCGAUAGAAAUUGAUUAUACAGCAUGCAAGCGGCUGGGGGCGUCGUAUUGCGCGUUGCCGAAAUCGUACAUUCAGCCAAAAUGCAGUGGCAGAACGCAACUGUGUAAGGAGGUCCUUAACGACACUUGGGUGUCAUUUCCAACUUGGUCGGAAGACAGCACAUUUGUUACGUCGAGGAAAACGCAAUACGAAGAAUCCAUAUAUCGGUGCGAGGACGAACGUUUUGAAUUGGACGUCGUUAUAGAAACUAAUGCGUCGACGAUUAGAGUGCUCGAGGGCGUCCAUAAGAAAAUGAGCAGGAUGACUCAAGAGGAGAUACAGAAAUACAAGCUCGACGAGUGUAUGGGUGGUUGUUCCCCUACGAUUCAUCAACGAGCGAUAAGAAGGAUAUACGGCGACAAAGCUCCCGAUAUCAUAGAGGGUCUCAAAAGAAAUCCCGCGGUAGCCGUGCCCGUUGUGCUCCGCCGGCUGAAGGCUAAGGAGGAGGAAUGGCGGGAAGCGCAAAAGGGAUUCAACAAGAUCUGGAGGGAACAAAACGAAAAGUACUACUUGAAAUCUCUAGAUCAUCAGGGAAUUAACUUCAAACAGAACGAUGUGAAAGCGUUGAGGUCCAAGAGUCUGUUCAAUGAGAUUGAAACGUUGUACGAUGAGAGGCACGAACAGGGUGACGAUGGUAAUGGCGAUGGUCAGGGAAACAGCGGUCCACAUCUCGUUCUACCCUACAAGGACAAGUCUGUGUUGGACGAUGCUGCUAACCUCCUGAUCCAUCACGUCAAACGGCAAACUGCUGUCCACAAAGAAGACAAGCAACGGAUAAAACUUUUAUUGAAACAUUUUAUGCCUGAUCUCUUCUUCCAUCCCCGUCAAGAACUCAGCGAUGACGAAAGGGACGAAGAUGAUGAGAAGGAGGACGUGAAUGUGGCAACGUGUAAUAAUUCGCAAUCCGCGACGACUACUUCGUCGUUGAGUGGUUUGCAAGCCAAUAGGAACAAGGCCCCGACGUCGCCACACACAUCUUCCGCCACGUGCAAAAAUGAGCCUGACGUCAAAGUACCCAUGCACGCUCUCUCGAGCGAUCCUGAGGAAGCCUACACGCUUUUCAUGGGUAGUAAUAAUUGGUACCUUUUCCUGAGGUUACACCAUAUACUUUGUGAGAGAUUAACGAAAAUGUACGACAGAGCGGUUGCUCUUGCCGAUGAGGAGUCCAAGUAUAAGCAGCAGCGCAAGGAAAGUACCGCGGUCGCUCUGAGAUUAAAACCAAAAAGUGAGAUUGAAAUAGAAGAUUAUUAUCCCGCCUUCCUGGAUAUGGUUAAAAAUGUCCUCGAUGGAAAUAUGGAAAGUACAGCGUACGAAGACACGUUACGAGAAAUGUUUGGUAUACAUGCCUACAUUGCCUUUACACUCGAUAAGGUUGUUAAUUAUGCUGUCAGGCAGUUGCAGCACCUAGUCUCGGAUACCGUUUGUCAACAAUGCAUGGAUUUGUUCCAAAGAGAGCAACGUCAACCUAAAGAGAGUAGCGGUGCCGGUGGGUUGUGCACCACGGCCUACAUGAGAUUAAGCGCCGAAUUAUCGUAUCAACGCAAAGCGGAAAAAGCAAUGGCGGAUGAAAACUGUUUCAAAAUAUACAUAUAUAAGAAGGACUGCAAAAUGACAAUGGAGUUGUUAGAUACAGAGGGAGACGAAACGGUGGAUAACGGCUGUAGAGAAAGAGAAAGGGAAGGCGUUACAGUCUCUGAAAAAUGGUCAACGUACGUUGAGAGAUUUUCUGCACCAGCUGAUCAAACUAGCCCCAAAGAUACUCCUGCCUUAACAGAGAAUGAGCAGACGACCAAUCAUCCUGUGAGUAGCGACCAGGCAGCAAGGGGGGGAAGGGGCAGAAAACGCAAGAACACUGACAUUAGCAAGAAGAUUGACGGAAAUACUUGGGCUUCCUCAGGCAGAGCUUCAGCAGGACGUAAACCUAUUUUUCUCUAUCGUAAUAUCAGAUCGUAUCGAGAACAUGCCGCGAGGUUAAUGAGAGGGAAAACAUCAUCUUCGCUUAACGCUAAUCAUUCGGAUAAAGUCGCAGAGUCAAGUGACACUCCAGACAUAAUCAAUUCCGACGAGACACAGUGUAGAUUUAAUCCCAACAGUUACACCAUGCUCUUCAUUGUCCACCAGGACAGAUUUCUUUACAAACAAAAUUCCAUGAAUCGUGCUAAACAGUGUCAUCCGACCGUAACGAAGCGUAAGGAUUCCAAAUUUCAUCACUGGCACGCAGCGUGGAUAUCUGAAAACGGCACGGAUAUUCAACAUCGGUUAUGCCAAGAUUGGUUAAUGGGACGAUACGAGAACUUGAUUCCUCACAGGACACGAGUGCUAACGGACAAUAAUCAACAAGUUUCUCCCUAUCGUCAAUACAAUCGUUUCCGAGUAGAACGUCUGCAAUCUGAUAUAUUGACAGAGGCGUGCAUCUAAUCCGAUUCGAUGGAAUUUCUUGCCGUCAUUGAAAAUAUCCCGAUAUCGCUACGCUCGCUACAAUUACUCUUGUAUCAGCGAAAGUUUUUCUUUGCUGCUUCAAGUACAGUUGUAAAAAGCAGAAAUACACAAGUUUAACUUAGGGCAAAAUAAUAUAUAAAUAUAUAUGAAUAUAUAUUAUUUUUAUUACUUGGUACAAAUUCACUCGAUAUUCGAAAACAAUUUGAGCCGAGUUAAAUUCGAGAUUCCAAGAACGUUGAAGAAAAUAAUGGUCAAUGGCCGUCCACACGAGUUAUAUACCGUAUCGUAUUAUACACUUUCGCACAGAAUUCUAUUCUUGGCUGUAUAGAGGUACGCAGGGCUGUAUACUAGUAUACACAACGACGUAUACUAAUAUACUGUUACGAGUGACUUGAUACUAUCGCACUGAAUUCACCGUACUAUGUACUACUAAUUCCUUCUUGUCAACAUAUCCCACUAUUUUUAUCGCAUUCUACAUUCAUUCUCGUCAAAUUAAAACCAGAUAAUCGAUAUGUCGCGUAUCAUUUUAUCAACGCUGAUGUAUCACGCGACCAAAAUUUAAUACAUUUUGCAUCUGUACAUUUGAAUACGGCUUGCAUCUCAAUGUUACUUUCAAUAUCGUAGUGUACAUAUACUUAUUUAGAUACAAAUAUUUCAUUCGAGACGUGUUCAGGAAUGUCAACUGUACAACAAACUACUUACAAGGGAAUAAAAAUAAUUUUAGUUGACA